UCCCCCUCCUACAAAUCCAUCUCUCUCACACACAGUCACGGUGUAAUAACACACAGUGACAGUAAAAACACACACACACAGUGACAGUAAAAACACUCACACAUAUACAUACAGACAUAUAUACAUACAUACACACAUACACACAUACACCCAUGGCUAGCAGACAUGAAUUUGCAGAUACUUACACAGAUACCAGUGAAGAAGAAGAAGAUGAAGAAGAAGAAGAAGAAGAAGAAGUACAACAACAAGAAGAAGAGUCUAAAGAUUCCAAAGGAACCAUCUCUACCACGUGCCGUCCACGUGGUCGGGUGCCGCUGGACCCAAGAUCCGGCUGGAUUCAAGAUUGGAACCGGGUUUUCCUUCUGGUCUGCACCACCGGUCUGUUCAUCGACCCACUGUUUUUCUACACAUUUUCCAUCAGUGAAUCAUGCAUGUGUGUGUUCGUCGACGGGUGGUUCGCCGUCACCGUGACGGUUCUCCGGUGUGUGACCGACGCCUUGCAUUUGUGGAACAUGUGGUUGGGGUUUAAGAUGAGCAGGUGGUGGAGAUCACCGCGCCACCACCGUGGGUUGAGCCAUGAUGACGAUGUUGCACGUAUCACGGCGGCUCGGAUCAUAACCAAGGCCAAGAAAAGCUUCUUCUUUGAUCUCUUUGUUAUCCUUCCUAUACCCCAGGUGGUGUUAUGGGUAGUGAUUCCGGCGUUGCUAAAGAGGGGUUCGACGACGGAAAUCAUGACCGUCGCUUUAAUCAUGUUCUUGUUCCAAUACCUACCCAAGAUUUAUCACUCGGUAUGUCUUUUACGACGCAUGCAAAAUCUUUCGGGAUACAUUUUCGGCACCGUUUGGUGGGGAAUUGCUCUCAAUUUGCUCGCCUACUUCGUUGCCUCUCAUGCCGUGGGAGCUUGUUGGUACUUGCUUGGUACGCAACGAGCAGCAAAAUGCUUGCGGGAAAAAUGCAUGGAAGCAAACGGACGUUGUGUUGCAAGAUUUUUGACAUGUCAAGACCCCAUUUAUUAUGGCUCGAAUAACUUCGUAAAAGAUCAGACGAGACUCUUGUGGGGAUUGAACAAAGAGGCGAGAUCGACUUGCCUUGAAAACGAUGACAAUUUUAGCUACGGAGCUUACAAAUGGACUCUUCAACUCGUUGCCAACGAUAGUCGUUUGGAAAAGAUACUCUUUCCCAUUUUUUGGGGACUUAUGACGCUCAGUACGUUUGGGAACUUGGAGAGCACGACGGAUUGGUUAGAAGUUGUUUUUAUCAUCAUUGUUCUCACAACGGGGCUUCUUCUCGUCACCAUGUUGAUUGGAAAUAUCAAGGUGUUUUUGCAUGCGACAACAUCAAAGAAACAAGCUAUGCAAUUGAAAAUGAGAAAUAUAGAGUGGUGGAUGAGGAGGAGGCACCUCCCUCAGGGAUUUCGACAACGAGUACGAAACUAUGAGCGUCAACGAUGGGCGGCAAUGCGUGGUGUGGACGAGUGUGAUAUGAUACGCAAUCUCCCUGAAGGUCUUCGGAGAGACAUUAAGUAUCACCUUUGCUUGGAUUUGGUUCGACAGGUACCUUUAUUUCAACAUAUGGAUAGUUUGGUCCUCGAGAACAUAUGUGACCGCGUUAAGUCCCUCAUCUUCACCAAGGGAGAAACCAUUGCACGAGAAGGAGAUCCAGUACAACGAAUGUUGUUCAUCGUAAGAGGCCAUCUACAAAGCAACCAAGUUCUACGAGAUGGAGUCAAAAGCUGUUGCAUGUUAGGCCCCGGAAACUUUAGUGGCGACGAGUUGUUAUCAUGGUGCCUCAGACGGCCCUUCAUUGAGAGAUUACCUCCAUCGUCAUCGACACUGGUCACCCUGGAGACAACCGAGGCUUUUGCUCUAGAAGCUGAUGAUGUAAAGUAUGUAACGCAACAUUUCAGAUACACGUUCGUGAAUGAAAAGGUGAAAAGGAGUGCACGAUAUUAUUCUCCAGGGUGGAGGACAUGGGCGGCGGUGGCUAUUCAGUUGGCAUGGAGGAGGUACCGACAUCGGUUGACUUUGACUUCGUUGUCAUUCAUUAGGCCAAGGAGACCGUUAUCAAGGUGUUCUUCGCUUGGGGAGGAUAGGCUCAGGCUCUACGCAGCUUUGUUGACUUCACCGAAGCCGAAUCAAGAUGAUUUUGACUUCUAAAUAUAUAUAUAUCGAUGUGAAAAUAAAAUAAGAUGGGAACUAUAUUUGUAUAUCUGAAUGUUAAACAUUGAUUAUUUUAUUUAUUUAAAAAAAAGAUAUGCGACAUGUGAUCAUGUU